UCGGACCCCGAGCCGUCUGCGAGCUUCUGAUUGUCGCUCAGGGUUCUUUCAGAUCAGUGCAAGGGUCUUCGUCGCUGCCUGUGGAACUGGAAUUGGGCGAGGAGGAACAGGCACGGAAAGGAGAAAGGUCUGCGUGUCUGUUCUCAGCACUCGGCUAGCCUAGAAAAGGAGGACGAAGCUAUCCAGAAAUCCUGCAGGAUAGGAAAAGGAGGGGCCAUCUCAACAUGGAAAAACUCUGCAAUGAAAAUGAAGCAGUGCCUGAGAAGCAAGUAAAGAUGGAAAACCAAGAACAUACACAGGAUGCCAGAAAGCCAGAAAUAGCUCAUACUCUGGAAGACAAGGAGCAGUUAGAAAAUGAGAAAAAGAUAGAAAACAAGGGAAAGAUAGAAGAUAAGGAAAAGCCAGAGGAGGGAAAGCCAAAAGAAGAGGGAAAGGUAGAGAGCGAGGGAAAGCCAGCAAGCCAGGGUGAACCGAAAGAAGGAAAACCAGUGAGCGAGGGAAAGCCAAAAGAAGAAGGAAAACCAGCCAGCGAACCAAGGGCUGCAGGAAAGCGCCCAGCAGGGGAUGAUGUACCCAGGAAAGCCAAAAGGAAAACCAACAAGGGGCUGGCUCAGUACCUCAAGGAAUACAAGGAGGCCAUACAUGAUAUGCAAUUGAGCAAUGAGGAGAUGAUAAGAGAAUUUGAU